AUGAAAAGAACUAAUCAUUCCAGUGAGAGGAUAACAUCAAAACACGAUAUUAAUUCUGACUUAUCAGCAUCAAAUAAUAAUUCUGUUGAACAAAUAUUGAAUAUAAAAACUGAUACAAAUGCUUCUGAAAAAAAAUCUGAUCGUCAAAUGGCACCUUCUCAAGAAACAUCAGUAAGUGCAGUUCUUUCAUCUUCACCGACGACAAUGACUACAAUGGUGGCUAAUAAUAUGUUUGUUUUAUCGCAUUAUUAUCCAGUUGUUCCUUAUGUUCUAUCUUAUCAACAACAUGUACAUCAUGGUGUUGUACAUUCUCAACAGAUCCGAAUAGCUUUAUUCACUAAUCUUUAUUCAGCUCAAUAG